AACUAGUAUCCAAGAGAAAAUAAAAAGUUAUACUAUAUAUAUAUUUGAAACAAAUGUCUCCAUGGCCCUUGUUCCAGAGACAAUUUCUUAAUAUGAUAGCACGCAAUCCACAGUUCCGAGUGGCUUUUAAAAAAAGCGUUGAGCGAGCUUUGAGAACACCAACUUUUCGAAACCUUAAGCAUAAAUCUGAAACUGCAUAUCAACGCAUCCUCAAUAUUGCUACAGACGUAUCGGGUAAACGUCAGUCACAUGGAAAGCCACAAUUUUCUCACUUUAACAUUUUAAGGCGGAAGUUGCUGCUUUUUUGGCAUCAACACAAAAUUAAAUUCUUUGCUUUUUUAACCGCCAAUUUUAUGGGUAUUUUAUUCAUAUUUCAAAUGCUUCCUUUGAUUUAUAGUAAGCUAAGAAUGGGUGUAAAUUAUUUGACUUCCCCGUUACCGCCAUCAAAAAAAAAUCAUUGUCAAGAUACUGAAAAAAACAAAAGCGAGAAUAUCUUGCUAGAGCGUGAGGAUUGCAGCCGUAAGCCUUCAAAACUAACAAAUGACCCCCCAAACGGUUUAAAUUUGUAUCAGCACCAACAUAACGAAGGUGUAAUGUCGCAAUUGUUUACAGAUGAAACGUCAGCGUCUAACAAUACUUUGUUCUCUUCGUCCGCUUUAUUUGAUGAUACCUUAACAAAUAAUGAUGAAACGCUGAGAGACAAAGGUGUGUACCUUUCGCACCAAAAAAAUACUAGCAAUCUCUCUACAACUAAAAAAAAAUUCAAUAUCGAUUAUCAAACGUCGUUUCUUGUAAAAAUGGAUGGUGAUACAGAAUUCACCUCAUCCUUGGAGCGCGAAAAUCUAACUGGAGCUAUCACUACCUCGGGUAUAGACCACGUUUAAGAUUUAGAUAAUUGUAUCAAGUAAGGCACAGCGACACCAACAGGCAUAUCUUUAUGAGUUGCAGCUUUGUGUUCUUUCUCUGUUUUGCUGUCUU